AUGUAUGGUAUUAAUCAUAAUUUCAUUGAAACAAGUACUGAAGCUGUUCUGUGUGGUGUAACCCAGAGCCCCUCCCCACUCUCUGGGGUUGAGGUGAACUCUCAAUGGCUGCAGGAUUUUGCUCCAUACUCUCCCAGCAGUGAAGUUGACUCCAGCUCUGCGAGACAGGACAGUCCUGUGAGCACCUAUAGCUGGAUGAAACAGGAACCAGAGAAUAUACAAAUCCAGUGGGACGAUACAAACACAUUGGCAGCUGCCACUGAAACACAGCAGGACAACAUUCCAAGCAGUGCCGAGUCUGCCGACUCCAGAAAUGGUGUCUCAGAGAGGAACCCUGCAAAUUCUAAUGGCUGUAUGUCAAGUUACCAACGAAGAAAGAGAGAAGGAAAGACUAAACAUCCUCCAGUAGCUGAACUCUCUAAGGCAAGACAGGAGGAACUGAGGCAGAAAUGGAGACUGUACCAGAGAAGUCGCAGGAACAAGAUUCGUAAUAUACCACAGCAAUCCACCUCCCAGGUUGAGGUGAACUCUCAAUGGCUGCAGGAUUUUGCUCCAUACUCUCCCAGCAGUGAAGUUGACUCCAGCUCUGCGAGACAGGGCAGUCCUGUGAGCACCUAUAGCUGGAUGAAACAGGAACCAGAGAAUAUACAAAUCCAGUGGGACGAUACAAACACAUUGGCAGCUGCUAUUGAAACACAGCAGGACAACAUUCCAAGCAGUGCCGAGUCUGCCGACUCCACUGUGAUACCUUCUCCAAACAUGGAGGGUUUACCCAGCAGUGUUAUGCUGACUAUCACUAAACUUCAUUGUCUGGUGGAAAGCAAACAGGAGAAGAUUGCAGCUUUGGAGAGACAGGUGCAAGACCUACAGGAGGAUCGCAGGUUCCUCCGCACACAAAUUGAGAACCUCACCAGCGCUCUCUCGCUUCAUGUCUGUCGAGGGAUUUCAGAUGAAACAACUGGAAAAAGUUAAUUGGAAAGUGCUCAAGAGCAUAAACUGUAACUGAAUGGACUCUUAAUGGUCAGACAUUUGCUAUUGUUUGUUGUUGUUAUUUUAUUAUUGUUAUUAAUUUAUCUAAAUUAACUGUAGGAAUUAAAUAUUUUUUAUACUAUUAUUAUUAUUAUUAAAAAUGUAUUUACUCUCAUUUCAAACUUGUAUGACUUUGGGGACCACAAAAUGUCUUUAUCUUUUGUGGCUAAAAUUGUGCUCACAUUUAUCAUAUUUAUUUGGUGCCCCAGAAAAUAUUCAGCCACUGGAAAACAUAGAACUCUAUAGAAACUCUAUAGAAACAAAAUGGUUUUUAGACCAUUUUCUAGAUUAUUUAUUCAUUAUUUAUAUGGUUAUACUAAAAUUUAGCCCAUGGCUUCGACAGACAGGAUGGUAAUGAAAGUACUAAGAGGGGCAGAGGGUGCCACUACCCUCCCGAUGUCAACAGUGCCCCACAUUUUUCAGCGUAAAUCUGUGAUGAAGAAUGGAAAUGCAAUGUGCCCUAACUGAGAUUCAUAUGGGAAGACUGUUACACUUGUUUUUAUUAUACGUUACAUGAAGACAGUGCUUUUUCAAUUGAAAAGCUUUAAAGGAGAAGUCCACUUCCAGAACAACAAUUUGCAAAUAAUUUACUCACCCCCUUGUCAUCCAAGAUGUUCAUGUCUUUCUGUCGUAAAGAAAUUACGUUUUUUGUGGAAAACCUUUCAGGAUUUUUCUUCAUAUAAUGGACUUCAAUGGUGCCCCGAUUUUGAACUUCCAAAAUUCAGUUUAAAUGC